GAAGAAAAGCUUGUUUUACUUGUUCUGACACAUCUCAGGAAGGUAGGACGUCCUCUUGUAAACAACCAAAACUCUGCGCUCAUACAGCUCAGCUGGAGGAGUGGUGACUGCUACUUGGACUUGCAAGCUCACAUCUCGCCAAAAGAAAUGUCGACGUCACCUCCUCAAGUGAUUCCAAGGAAGCCUUCAGGGGUCAAAGUGCUGACUCCACUUCAGCGACAUCGUCCCAAUGGGCUGCCCAUCAUCACGGACGCUGAGAGAGAGAACGGCACAAGCGGGAAGUCAAGCCACAAAAAGCUGAUGACUGCAGAAAGAGAAGUUGAAAUCUUGAAUCACUGCUUUGAUGACAUCGAGAGGUUCAUGGCUCGCCUCCAACAAACCGCGGAGGCCCGGAGCAUUCUCAACCAAAGGACCAAAAGGAGCGCCAAGAAAAGCACCAAAAAUGACAAACAAGGAGACUUGCUGACCAAGAAAGCGACUCCUCCGUCUGAGCAGGAAUUUGUGGACAUCUUUCAGAAAAUCAAGUACUCCUUCUGUUUACUGGAUCGCUUGAAGUCGUCCAUCUCACAACCAGAUGCACCAGAUCUGCUCCACCACAUCUUUUUACCUCUGAACUUGAUGGUGAAGACCACUGAGACAUUAGCUGCAUCCGUGAAGAGUCCAUGCAUGACCAGAGGAGCCGUUUCUCUGCUCCGAGAGCACCUGACUGGAGAGGAAAAGGAGCUGUGGAAAUCACUGGGACCCAACUGGACCUCAGACGCUUCGCAGCAGACCGUUUCUGCUCCUCCAUAUUCGCCUGUCUUCCUGGAUGGGUGGCAGCCUCAGGCUAACGACUCAGCUGGUCGGCUGCUGGAAGAUCCCGUCCAGUUGCAGCACAAAGAGGACGCUUUUAAUGAAAGCGUGCGGAAGCAAAGUCAACAGGAACAUGUCCAGCCUGCGUCCAAGAACUACGGGGAAGGGACCGAAAAAGCAAGUAAAAAUGGGAUCCCACCAAAUGGAAAGAGAAUGUAUCACUGCAAUUACGACUUUGUGGCCAGAAACAACGAUGAACUCUCCGUACUACAUGGGGAAGCGCUAGAGGUCCUUGAAUUAUCAUCGGACCGCUUUUGGAAGUGCCGGAAUAGCUAUGACGAGAUCGGACUUGUUCCGUGUAACAUCCUGGAGCCUCUGUCUGCGCUGAACAACACUGAGAGAAUCCAUCCGGUGCUUCGAACAGAGUCAAAGAGAACAGCUCUCACCCCUCGGUGUUUCUCGUACGUCCCAUCGAGCAGCGACGGGUUCAGGCCGACCGCGACCAACCGAGCAGAGCGACAUCAGAGCAUGGUUCUGCCAUCGAACAUGACAAGAGAAGAUGGCAGCCGAGUCAUGGCUAUGAACAAUGAGCUUCUGCAGCGGCUGGCUAAGAAAAGGAACUCGCUUGAAGAGACGGAGGUCUCCUCCACAGCUGGCAUCCCGAUCCCCCUGAACUACCACUCCCCAAGCUCUGCGGUGAAGUCCUGGCUCUCUGCGAAGGGCUUCAGUCAGGGGACCGUGGAGACCCUGGGAGUUUUGAACGGAGCUCAGCUCUUCUCCUUAAAGAACGAGGAGCUCUGCAGUGUGUGUCCUCUGGAAGGAGAGAGUAUUUACCUGCAGGUGCUGGGACAGAAGUCCCUUCUCGAGGACGUGCGCAAAGUUUCUGAACUAGAGACGGUGGCGGAGAAGUGAAACCUGAUGACUGACCUGGAUUGGUAAACGUCACGAUAUUUGACGAAGAAAUCACUAAUAACUUAAAGAGAUAUGAGACCAAUCUGUUGUACAUGAAGGCUAUUUAAAUUCAUCAGCUGCACAGUAACAUGAACAUUACAUACAUGUAUUAAUUAUAGAGUAAUAUCUGCACUGGCAAGAACAUUUAACUUUUUUUUUUUAAAUAAACUGCUAACUUUGUUCUGUUUUCAUUUUGCUAGUUUUAUGUCUUUUUUAAUAUGCUGUUAGCCGUUAUGUUCAUUGUAUCAAAAAGCAUCUUGAACACAGCAUUAGAAUAUAAGUAAGGCCUUGUAUUAUUGCACAUGAAGGUUACAUAAAACUACGUAUUAAUGAUGCAGCCCUAUUGGCCGCAACUGACAUGCGAAAUGUUUUUAUUUCACACGUUCUCAAAAUAAACUUCUCUUAGCGUUUCUAUUUUUUUGUUGUAGUCACACGUCUUAGUUGAUAUUCUGUGGAUACUAACAAUGUAAAUAAAAUAAACGAGACAAAAUUCAUGUAAAAUGAUGACAGUUGUCCAUUAACAGAAAACCUCUACAGAUUGUCCACUUUUCGCAUUCAUUGAUGUUUAUUUCACAUUCAUUUUUAUUAUGUCGCUUUGUACAGCCACGUGUUGUUUCAGUCUAAAUGUACAAACACAUCACAUUAAAACAACAACAACAACAAAA